CUUCCGGUUCCUCACCACCACCAAGCCUUUCCCUCUCGGUGGUCGCCGGGAGGAUUCCAACACUUUUCAGUGCCUUGACGGAAGUUGCUAUCAGCAUGGCGGCCUCCUACGAGGUGAGGCAUGGGGCAGGGGAGUGGGAUACCCACGAGCAGGCGGCAGAAGGUGAGUCCUGGCGCCCUUCUACCGCCCUUCUCUCGGAUGCUCCCUUGCAGACCGACACCGACACCGAGGCAGGGACGGAAGCCUCGGAGCCCCGGGAGCGGGACGCCCCGGAAGACAUAGUGUUGGAGGCUCCGGCCAACGGGCUCGCCUUCCACCCGGCGCGGAACCUCCUGGCCGCCGGGGACGUGGACGGGGACGUGUUCGUCUUCGAGUACUCCUGCCGGGAAGGUGAAACCAAGGAGCUCUGGUCCUCGGGACACCAUCUCAAGGCCUGCCGGGACCUGGCCUUCUCCGAAGACGGACAGAAACUUAUCACUGUUUCCAAGGAUAAAGCUAUUCAUAUCCUGGAUGUGGAGCGGGGUCGGCUAGAUAAGCGUAUUUCCAAGGCUCACAGUGUAGCUAUCAACAGCUUGUUGCUAGUAGAUGAGCAUCUGUUAGCUACAGGGGAUGAUAAUGGCGGGAUUCGGCUCUGGGACCAGAGGAAAGAGAGUCCAAUCAUGGACUUGAGGCACCAUGAGGAAUACAUUGCAGAUAUGGCUCUGGACCCUGCUAAGAAGCUGCUUCUUACUGCCAGUGGGGAUGGUUGCCUUGGUGUCUUCAAUAUCAAGCGGCAUCGAUUUGAACUUCUAUCAGAAGCACAGAAUGGGGAUUUGACCUCUGUUACUCUCAUGAAGAGGGGAAAGAAAGUUGCCUGUGGCUCUAGUGAGGGGACCAUUUACCUCUUUAACUGGAAUGGUUUUGGAGCAACCAGUGACCGUUUUGCCCUGAAGGCAGAGUCAGUUGACUGUAUUGUGCCCAUCACAGACAAUCUGCUAUGCACAGGCUCUACUGAUGGGAUUAUACGGGCAGUGAAUAUCCUGCCAAACCGGGUUGUAGGAAGUGUGGGGCAACAUGCUGGUGAACCUGUGGAACAGUUAGCCCUCUCCCACUGUGGUCAACUUCUUGCCAGCAGUGGCCAUGACCAUCGGCUUAAGUUCUGGAAUAUGACACAACUUCAUUCAGUGGUAGUGGAUGAUUAUCGGAAGCGAAAGAAGAAAGGUGGCCAAUUGCAGGCUCUGAGCAGCAAGGCCUGGGGCAUGGAUGAUUUCUUUGCUGGACUUAAGGAGGAGGAAGCCACAGUGCCUGCUUCUGUUGACAACGAUGAAGAAGAAGAAAGUGAGGACAGUGACUGAGAGGAAGAGUGAAGACAGGAUGACAAAACCCAGUGUGUCUAGGUCUGUGCUCUUGGGUUGCUGUUUUGUCAAGAUUGUAGUCUUCCACUUAAAAAGCUGAAAACUGAACAACCACUUGUCUCCAGCUGGCCCCUAAUCAAAAUGAGAAGAACCCUUGUAGAGGAUACAACAUGGACACAUAUACCAACCUUAGGUUUUUAAUUAAAUAGAAGAAAAACAGA